GAAGUAUCAGAUGUACCGAUCGGCAAAGGCAACGUAACGCCACAGUGACGCGACGAUCCCAAACCCUUUUUGGGCUUCCUCCCGCCUCCUCCUUCCCUCCAUGGCGGCCGCGUCUGCGUCGUCAUCCUCUCCUUCUUUGAUCGAUACGCUGUUCCAGCGAUCCCUCGACGACCUCAUACGAGUCCUCCGCUCCUCUUCUUCCGCCGCCUUGGAGGCGGCGGCGAUCGCCCGCGCCUUGGAUGAGAUUCGCCGCGAGAUCCGGUCGCCGGACCUGGACACCAAGGUGGUGGCCCUCCAGAAGCUGACCUACCUGGCCUCCCUCCACCACUUCGACAUGUCCUGGGCCGCCUUCCACGCCCUAGAGCUCCUCCCCUCCACCUCCCUCCCCCAGCCCCGCGCCGCCUACCUCGCGGCCUCCCUCUCCUUCCACCCCUCCUCCACUGACCUCCUCCCCCUCGCCACCCACCAACUCCGCAAGCACCUCGCCCCCUCACCCUCCAAUUCCCCCGCCGUCGCCGCCCCCGCCCUCCACCUCCUCGCCCUGGCCUCGUCCCCCGACCUCGCCCGCCACCUCGCCCCCGACCUCCUUCCCAUCCUCUCCAACCAGUCCUCCAACCCCCUCCGGCCCAAGGCCGUCGCCACCGCCCUACGUGUACUUGCGGUCUGCCCAGACACCGCCCCGGUCCUCUUCAAGCCCCUCGUCGAAUGCCUCUCUCUGUCAUCGGAUCCCCGUGCCGUUUCCGCUGCCAUCGGCGCCUUCUGCGAGCUCGCCCUUGCGGCUCCCGACCCCUCUCCGUACCUCCCCCUCGCCCCUGAGUUCUACCGCCUCCUUGUCGACUCCCGCAACAACUGGGUCACCAUCAAGGUUCUCAAGAUCUUCGCCCGUCUCGCCCCCUUGGAGCCCCGCGUCGCCGCCCGCAUUGUCGACCCCGUCUGCCAGCUCCUCCGCCGCUUCACUGCCAAAUCUCUUGUCUUUGAGUGCAUCCGCACCGUCUUCUCCAGUCUCUUGGAUCACGAUGCCGCAGUCCGGCUGGCUGUGGAUAAGAUCAAGGAAUUCUUGGCCUCCGACGAUGAUCCCAACCUGCGGUACCUUGGCCUUCAAGCUCUAAACAUGCUUGGACCGGCGCACUCGUGGGCAGUGGAGGACAGCAGGGAGGUCGUGAUCCAAUCGCUGAACGAUACCGAUACUAACAUACGGCGUGAAGCACUGCGCCUCAUAAUGGGGAUGCUGUGCGACAGCAACGUGGUCGAUAUCUGCAACAUGCUAAUCAAAUAUGCCAUCAAGUCCGACCCAGAGUUUGCAAAUGAGAUUCUUGAUGAGGUGCUUGCAACCUGUGGGAGGAAUGUGUACGAGCUGAUUGUGGAUUUUGAUUGGUAUGUAUCUCUCCUCGGUGAGAUGGUGAGGAAUCCACAUUUUGCCAAAGGGGAUGAGAUCGAGAGGCAGCUAGUGGACGUUGGAUUGAGGGUGAGGGAUGCGAGGCCGGAGCUCAUCCGUGUGGCUCGGAACCUUUUGAUCGAUCCUGCUUUGCUUGGGAAUCCUUUUCUCUGUAAGGUGCUGUCCGCUGCUGCUUGGGUUUCAGGCGAGUAUGUUGAGUUCUCGAGGAACCCGUUGGAGCUAGUAGAGGCACUGCUGCAGCCAAGGACUAAUCUCCUGCCGCCAUUUGUAAGAGCUGUUUAUGUUCAAGCUGUGUUUAAGAUUCUUGCCUACUCUUUUAUUUCUUUUAUCGAGCAAAUACAAGCUGGCGAGUCACUGGCAAUUGGCAAUUCCUUAAAUCAAAGAGGAGGGAAGCAAGAAGGAUCUGAUCUUGUUGCUGCUAAAAGCUCUAGUGAUCAAAAUAAUGCUUUUGAGAUUGGAGAUGGUGUUGCUACAGCUGAUAAGGCCAUCCUCUUUGAUUCAAUUGAAAAGCAGGAAACUUUCAAGCAUGAAUCUAUUUCUUGCCUGCUAAAUCUGAUUGAAACAGUGGUGGGCCCGCUGUCAGAGUGUGGUGAAGUGGAGGUUCAGGAGCGAGCUAGGAAUGUUCUUGGUCUAAUUCUCAUCAUACGGGGAACUCAAUUUUGGAAUAUCGAGGAGGGACAUGAAUUAACAAGGGAUAACAAGAUCACUAAAAUGGUGGAACUCAUGGAAUCAGCAUUUUCUGAAGAGUUAGGUCCUGUCUCUACAAAUGCUCAGAAGAGAGUUUCAGUGCCUGAGGGUCUGAUUCUGAAUGAAAACCUUUCUGAACUUUUGGACAUUUUAGGUGAUGAUGAUAUCAAUCCAUGUGCAUCAGUUUCAUUUUCCUUACGCAAUCAUCAUUCUACAGAGACUAACCAGGAUUCUGCAACAGCUAUUGAGCCAAAUUCUUUGCUUGCUGAACAUCGUAAGCGACAUGGGUUGUACUAUCUUCCCAUGGACAAAGAUAAGUCUGAAUCAAAUGAUUAUCCAUGUGCUAAUGAACCACUGUUGCCUGUCAGUCAUGGGGAAGACACUGAAGACAUUGUGAAGCUCCCUGCACAAUCACUUAUUCCAGAAAAGGCAAAGCCCACGAAACCACGACCUGUGGUGAUAAGGUUGGAUGAAGGAGAUGGUGUUUCGAGUUCUAAUUUGAGUACAGCUAAGGAAUCUAAGGAUGAUAUGUUAUCUGGCGCAAUCAGGGAUGUUCUUUUAAGAAAUGAAAAGAAACCAUCAUCGACACAUAAAACAUCAUCGGACAGAACUUCUCAAAGAAGAGAGAAUGAUGGAUCUGAGAAUAGUGAAUUAAUUUCUCAGCAAAAAGAAAGUAACAGUUUUGGUGAUAGAGAACAUGGAAAAUCAAGUUCUAGGAAGAGCAGGCAUCACCACAAGGAAAGGAUUGAAAGCUCUGGGCAGAACAGGGAUAAUGAAGAGAAGAGUCAUAGGCACUCAGCAAAGAGUAGCCACCAUCACAGAAGGCAUAAGCAUAGACAAAGAGGAGAUGCUCCUUUGGACAUUGUUCCACAAUCUCCAGUUAUCCAAGAUUUCCUUUUGUGAUUGUUGUUUGUCUACUUGCUGUUAUAAGGUUUUGCCUUUACAUAUGAUUUGAACACCGUUUCCCUUGUUGUCAAGGUCAGUCUUUUUUGAUGCCUGUACAUUUUAUUGCCGUACUGCUUCUAGUUCUUGUAUUGUAUCUUUAAUCUCUUAAAAGUUCAGGUAUACUGUGUGGUAUGUAUGAGUUAGACAAAAUAUGGCAAAACGGCUACAUUUUAGUGAAUUUUUUUAAUGGACAAUAUAGUCAUUUUCCAGAUUUAA